GACAUGUGACAUGUAAUGUGACAAACGUCAGUCUGUUCAAUCGUGAUUCAAUCUGUGGUCUAUUCUUGUUUUAAUUCUAGUAAUUUUUUAAGUCAGGCGGCUUUUGAAUUUCUCAUAGCAAAUAAUAAUUUGUCGGCGUAUUUAGAAUUAAAAAAAUGGCUAUUAGUUUAUUAAAUCCUAAGGCUGAAGUAGCUCGAGCUGCGCAAGCAUUAGCAGUAAAUAUUUCAGGUGCGAAAGGUAUUCAAGAUGUCAUGAAAUCCAACUUGGGACCUAAAGGAACCAUGAAAAUGUUAGUGUCAGGUGCUGGUGAUAUAAAAAUAACUAAAGAUGGUAAUAUUUUGCUGCAUGAAAUGCAGAUACAACAUCCUACUGCUUCCCUUAUUGCAAGAGCGUCUACUGCUCAAGAUGAUAUGACAGGGGAUGGUACAACAUCAACUGUUUUAUUAAUUGGCGAGCUCUUGAAGCAGGGCGACAUAUAUAUUGCUGAAGGUCUACAUCCUAGAAUUCUAACAGAUGGUUUUGAUAAAGCAAAAACUAAGGCUUUAGAGGUUUUAGAUAAAAUUAAAAUUGCAAUUGAACCCAAUAAGGAGAAUUUAACAGAUGUUUGCCGUACAAGUCUUAGGACUAAAGUUCAUCAGAAAUUAGCAGAUGUUCUAACUGACGUUUGUGUUGAAGCUGUUUUGGCUUUGAAAUCGCAAGAUAAACCUGUUGACUUACACAUGAUUGAACUUAUGCAAAUGCAACAUAAAACUGAAACUGAUACAACUCUUGUAAAAGGUUUAGUAUUAGACCAUGGUUCUCGUCAUCCUGAUAUGCCAAAACGUUUGGAAAAUUGUUACAUUUUAACCUGUAAUGUGAGCUUGGAAUAUGAAAAAAGUGAAGUUAACUCUGGAUUUUUUUAUAAAACAGCAGAAGAAAGAGACAAGAUGGUAGCAGCUGAAAGAGAAUUUAUAGAUCAAAGAGUGAAGAAAAUUAUUGAGUUAAAGAAAAAAGUAUGUGCUGGGAACAAUAAAUCUUUUGUAGUUAUAAAUCAAAAAGGUAUUGACCCAAUGAGUUUGGAUCAGUUGGCUAAAGAAGGAAUUAUUGCAUUAAGAAGAGCUAAACGUCGUAAUAUGGAACGGUUAGCAUUAGCCUGUGGUGGUGUUGCAAUGAAUUCCUUUGACGAUCUUUCGGAGUCUGUUCUUGGAUAUGCUGGUGUAGUUUAUGAACACGUACUUGGUGAAAAUAAAUAUACCUUUGUAGAGGACUGCAAGAACCCUCAAUCAGUAACUAUUUUAAUGAAAGGCCCAAAUAAACAUUCGUUAGAUCAAAUUAAGGAUUCCAUUAGGGAUGGCCUUCGUGCUAUUAACAAUGCUCUUGAGGAUAAAGCAGUUAUUCCAGGUGCUGGUGCGUUUGAAGUAAUGGCUAAUAAGGAACUUAUGCAAUGGAAAGAUACUAUUAAGGGUAAAUCGCGAUUGGGAGUCAUUGCUUAUGCUGAAGCACUGCUAAUUAUUCCAAAAGUAUUGGCAACAAAUUCUGGUUUUGAUGUUCAGGAAACUAUUGUUAAACUACAAGAAGAAUCUAGGAUUAAUCCCGAACCAAUUGGACUUGAUCUGGUAUCAGGAGAGCCAAUUAAUCCAAAAGAUGCAGGCAUUUUUGAUAAUUAUAUAGUAAAGAAACAAAUUAUUAACUCCUGCUCAGUUAUUGCCAGCAACCUUUUACUUGUGGAUGAAGUUAUGAGGGCUGGCAUGAGUAGUCUUAAAGGAUAAAUUCAUUUCAUGAACUUAUUCAGGAAAGAAUAAAAAAGAAUCGUUUAUAUAAUACAUACUAAUAACCAUUUUUGAUUUUGUUUUUGCUGACACAUUUUUUCUAAUAGCUUUGUAAUUUUAAUAUAAAUAGAUGUGAAAAAAUAA